AUGUCGGAUAUGUCGGAUACUGGAGAUUGGUGUCUCAUUGAAAGUGACCCAGGUGUCUUUACAGAAUUGAUAAGAAAAUUUAACGUAGAAGGCGUUCAGGUUGAAGAAGUUUGGAGCUUGGACGACCAAACCUUGGAAGAUCUCAAGCCUAUUCAUGGUCUCAUAUUUUUGUUCAAAUGGCAAGCGGGAACCGAUAGUUCACAACAUCAUCCCGAUGCUGAUUUGAAUAUAAAUGAACAAGUCUAUUUUGCUAAACAAGUAAUCAAUAAUGCAUGCGCGACACAAGCUAUUCUUUCUAUCCUUUUUAAUUGUCCAAUGCUUAAACUCGGGGAAGACCUUGAUUCUUUUAGAGAUUUUACAAAAGAGUUUGAUCCUUAUAACAAAGGUUUAACGAUCACAAACAGCGAGAUUAUACGAUCUGUGCAUAAUAGUUUUGCCAGAUCAGAUCCUUUUGUGUCUGAUUCAAAAGUAGCCGCCACAGAAAAGGAUGAUUUGUUCCAUUUCAUUUCCUAUGUGCCAAUUAAUGGUGCACUGUUUGAAUUGGAUGGACUUAGUACCGGACCAGUAAAUCUUGGUCCUUGUACAGAAAACAAUUGGCUAGACAAAGUUCGACCCGUAAUACAGGAGAGAAUGGCACGCUACACAUCCGCGGAAAUUCGUUUCAAUCUAAUGGCAUUAAUCAAAAAUCGGGAAGUUGUAUACGGUGAACGUAUAUCAGCCUUGGAUGUACGCAUACAGGAGGCUAAUGUAAAUAAUAAUGAGCAAGAAAUCAGACGACUUGUUAAUGAAAAGGAACUUUGGUUACAAAAAAUAGAGUUGGAAAAAGAAAAGUUCCGGAGAUACGAGCGUGAAAAUUCUCUUCGUAAGCAUAAUUUUAUACCAUUGAUCUAUAAUCUUAUUCGUAUAUUGGCUGAGCGUGGAGAAUUACAACCCCAGCUUGAACAUGCAAAAAAACAAGUACAAAUAAGAAAAGAACAAUCCGAGAAGAAAAAAGGCGAAGGGUCAAAAUGA